UGUUUACAGCAAAGAUGGCAGCGGUGGACGUGGAAGAUGAGAGCAUUCUUGCUUCAAUUUUCAAGGACAGCUUCCCUGACAAUUGGAGAGACAACCCAGACUUUGCAGCUUAUUUGACAGAACUCAGCUCGUAUGGCGUGGAGAAGCUGAAUCGGGAGCCGGAGAAGUUAGCGGAGGAGCGGGCUCAGAUACAGCAACAGACUCGGGAGCUGGCCUUCUCCAACUACAAAACCUUCAUCCGCACAGCAGACUGCACUGAGGAGAUAUAUCGAGAUUUCGGUCGUGUUGAGAGCAGCGUUUCUAAAUUACUUGACAAGUUGCCUAGCUUCGGGGAAAAAUGCAGGGGUUUUGUGAAGAAGGCAGAGGACAUUGGCGUCAGUCGGCGCAUGAACAGCCUGACGCUGAAUCGCCACACCGAAAUCCUGGAGAUUCUGGAGAUUCCCCAGCUCAUGGACACCUGUGUCCGCAACGGCUACUACGAAGAGGCUUUAGAGCUAGCAGCCUACGUCAAGAGGCUGGAGAAGAAGCACUCCUCCAUACCUGUCAUCCAGGGUAUCAUACAUGAAGUGCGCCAGUCUGCACAGCUCAUGCUGAACCAACUGCUUCAGCAGCUUCGCAGCAAUGCCCAGCUGCCAGUAUGCCUGCGUGUGAUUGGCUACCUGCGGAGAAUGGACGUGUUCACGGAGGCUGAGCUGCGGGUGAAGUUCCUGCAGGCACGGGGAAGCUGGCUGCGCUCAAUCUUAGCUGCCAUCCCGGAGGAUGAUCCCUACCUCCACAUCACCAAGACCAUCGAGGCCUGCCGGGUGCACCUGUUUGAUGUGAUCACCCAGUACCGUGCCAUUUUCUCAGAUGAGGACCCCCUGCUUCCCCCUGGGGGACAGACUGUGAAUGAAAGCGCUAUCUUCCAUGGCUGGGUGGUACAGAAGGUGGCAGAGUUCUUGGAGACUCUAGACAGAGACCUGCAGUGUGGGGUGGGUGGCCGCCUGGACUCCCUGCUGGGGCAGUGUAUGUACUUUGGCCUGUCUUUCAGUCGUGUGGGGGCAGACUUCCGUGGACAGCUGGCCCCCAUGUUCCAGCGGGUUGCUUUGGCCACUUUCCACACUGCAGUACAGGAAGCUGUAGACAAGUUCCAGGAGGACAUGAAUCUUUUCACACUCAUCUCUCUUCCCACCAUGCUGGGCAGCACCCUCCCGCCUGUGGCACCCAGCACCCAGCCUGGCUCUCUCCAGCCCCCCAUGUCACUCCUGGACUUUCCCCCACUAGCCUGUUUCCUCAACAACAUCCUGACUGCCUUCAAUGACCUGCGGCUGUGCUGCCCAAUUGCCCUGGCCCAGGAUGUUGCCAAAUGCCUGGAAGAUGCCCUCAUGAAGGUGACUAAGCUCAUCCUAGCAUUCCACAGAGCUGAAGAGACUGCGUUUAGCAGCCGGGAGCGGGAACUAUUUGUCCAGUUCAGCUGCACCUUCGCUGAGGACAUGGUGCCUUUCCUUAACCGCUGCCUGCAGGUCCUCUUCCCCCCCGCUCAGCUCGCAGUCAUACUGGGUGUUCCUCCAACACAAGUCCACAAGUAUGGGAGCCUGGGCUGCAUUGAUGUGAAUGUAGUGCUGGAGCCUCUGGACUUUGUGCUACCCAAGAGGGAGACAGUCCACCCACAGGCGGAUCCCAGUGCUCAGCUGAUGAGCCUUAUAGCCAGCGACCCCUCGGUCGGACUUGAACCUGAGCCGUUACCAAAAAAGGAACUCUUAGAGACCCCUCUGGCUCCUCCCUCCAGUGGGGACAAAGGAACAGGAGCAGGAACAGCACCCCAGGAUGAGGUCAAAGGGGACGAGGCUGAUACAUCACCGCAGACUGUAAACACUAGUUCAGAAUGAGGGCUGUUUCUUUGUG